AUCUUCUAUUUCCUUCGAUGCUUCCUGGCCUUCCUGAGCUGCAUUUGUGAACUCUACUUCUACAAGGCUGUGUGCAAGAAGUUUGGGCUACAUGUGAGCCGGCUGAUGUUGGCCUUCUUAGUACUCAGCACUGGGAUGUUUUGCUCAUCUGCAGCUUUCCUCCCAAGCAGUUUCUGCAUGUACACCACGGUGAUUGCCAUGACUGGCUGGUAUAUGGACAAGACUUCUGUAGCAGUGCUGGGGGUGGCUGCUGGAGCCCUUCUGGGCUGGCCCUUUAGUGCAGCUCUUGGGCUUCCUAUUGCCUUUGACUUGUUGAUACUGAAGCAGAGGUGGAAAAGUUUCCUAAACUGGUGUGUGGUGUCAUUGAUCCUGUUUUUGGUGCCCUUGGUAGUUGUGGACAGCUAUUACUAUGGGAAGCUGGUAGUUGCACCUCUCAACAUUGUUUUAUACAAUGUCUUCACCUCUCACGGACCUGAUCUCUAUGGUACAGAACCCUGGUCCUUCUAUUUCGUCAACGGCUUUCUGAAUUUCAACGUGGCAUUUAUUUUGGCGCUGCUUGUGCUGCCACUGACUUGUGUCAUGGAGUGUCUGCUUCAGAAAUUUCAUGUUCAGAAUCUGGGCCGUCCCUACUGGCUGACACUAGCUCCUAUGUACAUUUGGAUCAUGAUUUUCUUCAGUCAGCCCCACAAAGAAGAGAGGUUUCUCUUUCCCAUCUAUCCCCUCAUCUGUCUCUGUGGUGCUGUGGCUCUGUCUGCUCUUCAGAAAUGUUACCACUUCAUAUUCCAGCGCUACCGCCUGGAACACUACACAGUCUCCUCCAACUGGCUGGCUCUGGGGACUGUCUUUCUCUUUGGCCUUUUGUCAUUGUCACGCUCUGUUGCCUUAUUCAGAGGCUACCAUGGACCUCUGGAUCUCUACCCAGAAUUUCACAGGAUUGCUACUGACCCAAGUAUUCACACUGUGCCAGAGGGGAGACCGGUUAAUGUCUGUGUGGGAAAGGAGUGGCACAGAUUUCCAAGCAGCUUUCUCCUGCCAGAUAAUUGGCAGCUCCAGUUCAUCCUGUCAGAAUUCAGGGGCCAGUUACCAAAACCGUUUGCCAAGGGACCAAUGGCCACACGGAUCAUUCCCACUGACAUGAAUGACCAAAACAAGGAAGAACCAUCUCGAUAUAUUGAUAUUGCCAAAUGCCACUAUCUGGUGGACUUGGACACAGCAGCUGAAACCCCAAGAGAGCCAAGGUAUUCCUCCAACAAAGAAGAGUGGGUAACCAUUGCCUACAAGCCAUUCCUAGAUGCUUCCAGAAAUCAAAGCUGAAUCCUGCACAUUCCGAACACAUGCCAUAAAGACCAUGUGAGCACAACCACGUGAGCUGCAUUGGGCCUUUCAGAAUACCAACAAGUAAAAGGUAUACCGAGUGUUUCUCACAAAAGGUAUAAAGAAGAGGAAGUACAGACAGGAUAGCAGUGUUUCUGCAGAGCUGUGAGAGGCACAAGCACUGAGGGUAAAUACAGGUGCUUAGUUCUGUUGCUCCAGUGA